GCUAAGUAUAUGGCUUGUAUUUCUAUUUUUGUUUUACUAGAAUUUUUUUUUACCAGCUUUAUGUGGUAGUGGGGCUAUGAAACUUCUGGAAAAUGGAGACACCCUCUUGGAAAUGAUGGUGAAAUGCAUGGACAUGUCCCAAGCUCGAUGUGUUCGCAUGGAAGCAUUCAAGCUUUCCCAAUGCUUAGCUGUAAUUACAGUACAUUUUUCUCUUCAAAGUGAUUCUAGUACGAUCAUUUCCAAGUUAUCUCAGUGUAUUAAGUGAACUCAUAAUGUUUUUGCUUAGAUAAAUGAACAAAGAUUCUUCAAAAUGAUGAGCGUAUGCUGUGAACCUAUUCUUCAAGCCACCAUUUCUGAAAUGAAUAGGUGGAGCAAGAAAUCAGGAAGGGUCUCUGGUGAACCGAUAUAUUUGCUACUAGAGGCAUGUCGCUUGGCUCUUAUAACACGUUGGGGAGGGAAGCAUCAUAUAUAUUUCUGGGAGCAUGGGAUUGACAAAGUCCUCCUUGGUCUUCUCCUGGAAAAUUCUCAUGACAAACUGGGUCAAAGUAGUUUGACACUUGAAGAGGAGAUAUCUAUUGCGCAGGAGGGUCUUUGCUCUUCAUAUAAUCUUGAUGUGAGGGAUUUUGUGUGGGAUAUUCUUGGAUGGCUUUCUAUACAUUGCGAGGAAGGUUUUAAUCCUGAGAUAGAUGGAAAUAAUCUCUAUAUUGAUAUGCUCAUCACAUGUUCAUGCUUGGCCUUUGUGGAUGCAUUUAAGGUUCGACACAAACUAUGGCAAAUUGAAGAUGAUGAUAUCUUCCGAAUACAGGCUGUUUUGAUGACGAUUAAUUCGCCCUGCAAAUAUAUUGCUUUGAAGGCAACAUCUAGUCUCUCCGAAAUACUAAGGCCAAAUGGCAAGGACAUUUUGAAACAUUUGUUAUCUACCCUAGAGAAUGGACUAUCUAGGUACAAUUUCGAUAGACUAGAUAUUACCACUUAUGUUAUGGCUUUGGCAUGUUAUAUUGGUUUGCCCGAGUCUCGGCAGUGGGUUCUUGAACUUUCCGGGAUGAAGAUACUAUUAUAUUUUGCAAGGUGGUGCUUAAGCAAAAGUACUGAUUUGGAAAGUUUUAGCUUUGCUCCUUAUUUGCGUUAUAAAUCCUUUGUGGGGACUUGUUGCCAUGCUUAUUCAGAAGACUGGAGAGGCAAAGACUGUCUUAUGCUUUAUACUUUGUGGGGGAUAGCUGAGUUGAUAAAGCAUUCUGGAUACAUGGUAAAUAACCAAGAAAUAACUUUUGGUAGAAUCAAGUAUAGUGUAGCUGAACUGCCAAACAAUCUUCAGGAAGUCUGUAUUAACACGUAUAGUCCUGGAGUUCGGUGGUUUGCUUCUUAUGUUCUUAGUUCUUUUGGAUUGUAUGGUUUUCCAAAUAAAUUGGGGAAAAGAAUUGGCAAAGCACUUUGUGAGAACUAUCAUGCAGAUAUAAAGUUCGUGCUUGCAAGUGGAGAAUGUGUGAGUGCUCAUGGUGUUAUUCUUGCUGUCCGAUGCCCAUCUUUACUACCUCUUGAAGAGCUCCAUCGAAGUGACAAAACAACUGACUCUUCAGUACCAAGCUCUAUGGGAGAAGAGUUUCGAAAAGAAAUUCGAUUAUCUGCUCAUGUUGAUCACCAGGCGUUGUUGAAGCUGCUGGACUUUGUAUAUACGGGAUAUUUACAAGCAGAUCAAGAACUACUGAAGAAGUUGAAAAGACUUGCUAAAAGAUGUAAUCUUCAGCCUCUCCUGCAAAUGCUUUGUGGGAAAAUUCCAAGAUGGGGUACUCCAUUCCCUACAUUAGAUCUUUCUCCUGCUCUUGGCUCACUUGGACAUCAUUUUUCGGAUAUCAUCUUGGAAGCUAAAUCUACUGUGCUAAGCUGGAGUUGUGACAUUUGCCCUGGUUUGGUGCCACAUAUGCAUGUUCAUAAAGUUAUAUUAUCGGCGAGUUGUGAUUAUCUGCGGGGUUUGUUUAACUCAGGAAUGAAGGAGAGCCACUCAAAAAUUAUUAAUGUUGGUAUUAGCUGGGAAGCACUGGUCAAGUUAGUAGCCUGGUUCUACUCUAAUGAGAUUCCAAAUCCUCCAUCUGGAUGCAUAUGGGAGAAUAUGAGUGUUAAAGAGAAGUUGUAUGAGCUAGAACCAUAUAUCGAACUUUGUUGGCUUGCUGAUUUUUGGGUUUUACAGAUUGUUGAGGAAGCCUGUACAAAUGUGAUUGUGUCUCGUCUUAAUUCAUCGAGAGAACUGCCUAUUAAGAUAAUUCAAACCGCAGCCAGAUUCUCUCUGUGGAAGUUGGCUGAGCUUGCAACAACGUGUGUGGCUCCUUUCUUUCGGCAACUGUGUGAUUCUGGUGAACUUGAAGAUCUGGAUGAGGUCCUAGUUGAUAUGAUACGUUCUGCUUCUGUUCAAUAUUCUCAAGGGGGAUGAUUUGAAAAACUGAGGAAGGAUGGAACCGUUAGAGGAGCACUUUUUGAGAAAUUUGUUCAAGUAGUUCUUCUAAGUCACGGUUUAUGCAGUUGGGAAGUUUUGAUGGUUCUCAAAUGAGAAACAACAGUAUAUUGCGAAAGUUUCAAGAUUACAAAGU